AGUGCAAGGUGGCAAAAGUGUACACAUUCAAUUUUAGUAGAACUUUUGAUUUUCAAAAAGUCAAUUUUCGCUUAAAAUAUCGGUCAUCUGUAAUAAUUUUCUGUGAUUUAACUCUAGUUUACAGUUUGUUUUGGCAACUCAUUUUGCGCCAAAUAAAAAGCAAAACUCGCUUGCAUUGUGCAUUCCAUUUGAGGAUCUUAUUUGUUAAAUUAACUUCCUUUUCACAUUUUUUAUUCAACUGCCAGUUCAAUGGAUUACUUUCAGUGCUAACUUGUGUUUUUGUGCAUUUUGUGACUAAUUAGGAUAAUUAUUUACUUCCUCUGGAGUCACAUCACCGGGAAUGCAUCUUUACUUUCGGGUCAAGGUGUAAACAUUGUCAACUGUUUAAUGCCUCGUAAUUGAUGGAAACAAUAAUCAUGUAAAAGGCUGCAAUUGGAUUCAUGGCACACAUUGACUUAUUGGAUGAAAAUUGACGAAAAAAAAGAGAAAACAUUUUUUGUCUUUUCUUUUUCAUCCCUCGAUUACUUUCCACAUUUCUCAUCAUUCGCAUUAUUGAAUCUUUAAUCUUUCAAUUUAACCUUCUUUUUAUAUCUUCAUCUCUCCUCUCAUCCAACGAAUUGUCCUAAUCGUUUUCCUCGAAUCAAAUUCUUAUAAAUAUAAUUGGAUACCUUUUGUUGUUGCUCUUGUUGUUGUUGCCACUGAUGCUCAUGCUGUUGCUAUUGUUGUUAUUGUUACAUUUUGAAAGCUUUUCAUCUCUACAUCUUUCGAUUUUUUUGUAUCAAAUUAACGUCAAAUUUGUAAUCUGAUUUCAUCCAUUUCUUUUGCACUUUUUCAAUCUUGUUUCUCCAUUUUGCCUCAUAUCGAAACAAAUUGUCUUUUAUUGGACUGAUUUGAUUGAGAGGAAGGAGAAGGCGAACCAACAAAAAAAAAGUAAUUGCAAGACUUAUGGACAACUCAAGAGUCGAAUUUUGACUUUUGGCAUUUUCGCAAGUUUCGGCUUUUGGUAAACCUUUUGUUUUACACUUGUCAAGUAAACUGUUGGAAAUGCAAAUGAUGGGAAAAACUUUGAAAGGUUUAAAUGGUUACGUCUCAUUGGGGUCAUCAUGUCAACUCAAGUCGAACAUUAUCUUGCUGGAAAACUGGUUCUCUGGAAUUGAUGAUAAACAUUAUGAGGAUGAUGAUGGAAAUACUAACUGAUAAACGAUUGGUAUUUGUAUUUACAAGUGAAACUCGAAGGGAAUCACGAAAGAAAAGGAAACUCCGUCGAGAGGGUAAAGUACAGAAGAGAAAGAAAGAAAGAGUGAGAGUGAGAAGAGAGAUAAAGAAGAAGAAGAUAAAGAUAUAGAAGAAGAUGAUUGGGGCAGCCGCAAGUCGUCAUUUGAACAGUCGCCGUCGAACCUCUUCUCCCAAUGUUGGCAUAACACUUCAAGUUCCAUCAGAAUCACGGUUAACGAUAACUCGUGAAGAAGACGAGGAAAGUGAAAAGGUAACUAAACAUGAUCAUUAUCAUCAUCAACAUCAAACAAGGAUCAACAUUGGCUUGGAUAAUAAUGAUGAUGAUGAAGAUGGUGAUGAUGGCCAUGAGAAUGAUGAUGAUGAUGAUGAUGGAGAGGAUGAUGAAGAUGAUGAGGAUGAGGAAGAUGGAAGGGAUAAUGUUGGAGUAAAAGGAAGGAAAGCAACAGCAGCAACAUCAACAACUUCAAGGAAUAAUAUCAAUGUUAAAACAUUUAGUGUUUCAAGUGAUAAAAAUAGUGAUAACAAUGCCCAAAGGAAUGGUUUAAACAAUAGAUCAAUCAAUUUUAUUAAUAAUAGUAAAAGUAAUCAUAAAAAUACCAAAGGAAAGGAAUAUAAAAGUGAUUUAAAUGGUGACGAUUGUGAUUCAAAGGAUUAUAGUUUUACACCCAAAAAGGAAUUAAACUCUUCAAGUGCAACAACAAGUGAACGAAUCUCUUCCACUGCAACCUUAAAGGUACCCGAAGAUGGGAAAAGGUCACGUUCAUCGUCCUUCUCUCGGCCCUCCAUAAGUAGUGAUAUUCCUCCAGCUAAUCAUUUGAGGCGACGUCGAGCUGUUGAGAUAUCGGAUCACAAAGCGUGUGUGCUUCUUCAUUCAAAGUUGAAAGGGAUGAAACUUGAAGACAUUGCACUUCUUUCAAUCAGCUACGGUGCUAACGUUGAAACCUCUAAUAAUUAUGGGGAAAGUGGAACUGGACCAGGCAAUUUAAGCCAAGCAAGUAAAAUGGCCAAAAGGAAAGGACCCUCCACGGAGGGUGGGAAGGGUCCUAGCUCAUGUUUCAUACUGAGUGAGGACAACUUCCUAAGACGGAAUGUGAAGGCCUUUACAGAAUGGUCAGUUUUCGAAUAUGCAGUCCUUUUGACCAUCAUUGCCAAUUGUGUUGUACUGGCCUUGGAGGAGCAUUUGCCCGAAAAGGAUAGGACACCUUUAGCUCUUCAAUUAGAUAAAACGGAACCAGUUUUUUUAGGCAUAUUUUGUGUAGAAGCUUCUUUAAAAAUUAUUGCCUCUGGCUUUGUACUGCACAAAGGAUCUUACUUAAGAAACGUUUGGAAUAUAAUGGAUUUCGUUGUCGUUAUAACUGGGUUUAUCACCCUAUUACCUGAUGAAAUCCUCGAUUUAGGAAUAGAUUUGAGAACCCUGAGAGCCAUUCGAGUGCUUCGACCUCUUAAACUGGUUUCUGGUAUUCCAAGUCUUCAAGUUGUUCUCAAGUCCAUCAUCAAAGCUAUGGCUCCUUUGUUACAAAUUGGUUUAUUGGUUUUGUUUGCAAUCGUUAUAUUCGCCAUCAUAGGCCUUGAAUUUUACUCAGGCUCACUUCAUCACACCUGUGUUAGCCUUGAAGAUUUAACAUCGAUAAUAUUAGAUGGAGAACAAGAGACUCCCUGUUAUUGUGGUAAUCCAAGUAAUUGUGAUGAAAUUGAAGAGAAGAAGAGAGACAAUGGAGCUCAUUUCUGUGAUUUAAAUAUAUCUUCCUGUCAAGAAGUUUGGAAAGGUCCUAACUUCGGGAUAACUUCUUUUGAUAACAUCUUUUUCUCUAUGUUAACUGUUUUUCAAUGUAUCACUCAAGAAGGCUGGACUCAAGUGCUUUACUGGAUGAAUGAUGCCAUGGGUACCAGUUGGAAUUGGAUUUAUUUUGUCAUUCUUAUUAUUUUGGGUUCCUUUUUUAUGCUCAAUUUAGUUCUUGGUGUCUUAAGCGGAGAGUUUGCCAAAGAAAGAGAAAGGGUUGAAAAUCGUCAAUCGUUUCUUCGAUUGCGUCGUCAGGAGCAAUUGGAGAGAGAAUUGGAAGGUUAUGUUGAAUGGAUAAUAAAAGCUGAGGAUGUGAUUCUUGCAGAAGAGCGGACAACCGAAGAGGAAAGAAUACAUAUAAUGGAAGUUAAACGAAGACGAGAAGCGACGAAAAGUAAAAAAGGGAAAAGCACUUUAAGCAAAAGUCAAGAAGAUGACGACGAAGAAAAUGCCGAAGAAGAAGAGGAAGAGGAAGAAGAAGUGCUUCCUAAGAAGGGUGUGCUUAAAGGAUUUGCUCGAGCUUCAUAUCUUCACUCAAAGAUUAAAAAUCGAGGAGCUUGUAAGGCUUUCUGGAGGACAGAGAAACGUGUCAGAUCGUCUGUACGGAGAGUGAUUAAGUCGCAAGCUUUUUAUUGGUUUGUGAUUGUAUUAGUUUUUUUAAAUACCGUUUGUGUUGCUGUUGAACACUACGGUCAACCUCAAUUUGUGACAGAUUUUUUUUUUUACACUGAAUUCGUAUUUCUGGGUUUAUUUAUAUUUGAAAUGUUUUUAAAAAUGUACGCACUGGGUUUUACAACUUAUUUCAAAUCAGCCUUUAAUCGAUUUGAUUGCAUUGUCAUCUCUGGAAGUGUUUUUGAAGUUAUCUGGGAUCAUUACAAGGGAGGAUCUUUCGGAUUCUCUGUACUUCGAGCUUUACGUCUACUGAGGAUAUUUAAAGUUACAAAGUAUUGGUCCUCAUUGAAAAAUUUGGUUGUCUCUUUGUUAUCAUCUAUGCGAUCCAUUAUUUCCCUUUUGUUUCUUCUCUUUCUUUUCAUCUUGAUCUUUGCUCUUCUCGGUAUGCAACUUUUCGGUGGAAACUUCAAUUUUCCUGAAGAAACUCCGCCAGUAAAUUUCAAUUCUUUCGUUGUUGCACUGUUGACUGUAUUUCAAAUAUUGACCGGUGAAGAUUGGAAUGAAGUUAUGUAUCAGGCAAUUGAAUCGCAGGGAGGCGUUGAUAAUGGUGGAAUGAUUUACAGUUCCUAUUUUAUCAUUUUGGUACUUUUCGGUAAUUACACUCUGCUCAAUGUGUUCUUGGCCAUUGCGGUUGACAAUUUAGCCAAUGCUCAAGAGUUGACGGCUGCGGAAGAAGAGGAAGCCGAAGAGGAUAAACAACGAGCCAAAGAUCAGUUGGAAAAUGAGAUUGCCCAUUUACAUAAACAGGGAACUGGAUCAUCCAAUGCUCUUGACCUGCCAGCUGUAACCAUUUGUCCUCCUUCACCCUUACAGGGUAAACAGGGUGGAAAGGCUGGUGCCACUGGUAAAGCUGCUGGUGAUGCUGAUAAGGGUGAUGAUGAAGAGGAAGAUGCUGUUGGACCUAAACCAAUGCUGCCCUAUUCUUCCAUGUUCAUCUUGUCAUCAACUAAUCCGAUCCGAAAGGCAGCUCAUUAUGUUGUCAAUUUACGUUAUUUUGAUUUUUUUAUUAUGGUUGUCAUCUUUUGUUCAUCCAUUGCGUUAGCCUGUGAAGAUCCAGUCAAUGAAGAUUCACCCAUUAACGAUACUCUUGAAAUUUUUGAUAAAGCAUUUACAAGUGUCUUUACUGUUGAAUUGUUGCUUAAAAUUGUCGAUCAAGGAAUCUUUCUUCAUCCAGGUUCCUAUUGUCGAGAUGUCUGGAACAUCAUGGAUGCCGUUGUUGUUAUCUGUGCCCUUAUCGGUUAUGGAAUGGGUGAAAAAGAUGGAGCUGAAAAUUUAGGUACAAUUAAAUCACUGCGAGUUUUAAGAGUGUUGCGACCUCUGAAGACCAUCAAAAGAGUACCUAAGUUGAAGGCUGUAUUUGAUUGUGUCGUUACUUCACUUAAAAAUGUAUUCAACAUUUUGAUUGUUUAUAUGUUAUUUCAAUUUAUAUUUGCCGUCAUUGCGGUCCAAUUGUUCAACGGUCGAUUCUUCUUUUGCAAUGAUGAAUCCAAGUUGACUAAAGAGGAAUGUCAGGGCGAGUUUUUUCGAUUCUCUUUCAAAGAAAACAGUUUACCAGCUGUUGAACGACGGGUCUGGGAGCGACGAAAUUUUCACUAUGACAAUGUUAUGGCUGCCAUGUUGACCUUAUUUGCUGUUCAAACGGGUGAAGGUUGGCCUGGGAUAUUACAAAACUCAAUGGACGCAACGUUUCAAGACUAUGGACCUUUGCCUCAUUUUCGUGUUGAAAUGUCCAUCUUUUACAUAAUCUUUUUUAUCGUAUUUCCAUUCUUUUUCGUCAACAUCUUCGUUGCCUUAAUUAUUAUUACAUUUCAAGAGCAAGGUGAAAAAGAGUUGGAAGAAGGUGAACUGGACAAGAAUCAAAAGUCAUGCAUUGAUUUUGCCAUCAUGGCCAGGCCACAACAGCGUUACAUGCCUAAAAAUAAAGAUUCAUUUAAAUAUCGAGUCUGGAGGAUUGUGGUGUCAACAGGUUUUGAAUAUUUCAUCAUGAUUUUAAUUGUUUUUAAUACACUUCUUCUUAUGAUGAAGUAUCACCAUGCUGAUGAUACUUAUCUCGAUGUUUUGAGCUACAUGAAUGAAUUAUUCACGAUUUUCUUUCUAUUAGAAUGUAUUCUCAAAUUAGUGGCGUUUGGAUGCAAGAAUUUUUUCAAAGAUUCUUGGAAUGUUUUUGACUUUGUUACCGUUGUUGGAAGCGUCAUUGAUGCAAUUGUUAUGGAGUUCGGGUCGCAAUUGAGAUCGUACCAAUUUAAUGUUGGUUUUUUAAGAUUGUUUCGAGCUGCUCGAUUGAUUAAACUUUUACGCCAAGGAUAUACGAUAAGAAUUUUGUUAUGGACAUUUAUUCAAUCAUUCAAAGCAUUGCCUUACGUCUGUCUACUUAUAGCCAUGUUAUUUUUCAUUUAUGCCAUUAUCGGUAUGCAGGUUUUCGGAAAUAUCCGUUUGAAUCCGGAAACUGAGUAUAACCGACACAACAAUUUUCAAACAUUCAUACAAUCACUUAUGCUUCUCUUCCGAUGUGCUACCGGUGAAGCUUGGCAAGCAAUCAUGUUGGCCUGUACCAAAGGUAGACCCUGUGAUCCUGGAACCAAGAAAAAUAAACCCGAAUGUGGUUCCAUUUGGUCUUAUGCAUAUUUUGUUAGCUUCAUAUUUUUCUGCUCAUUUUUGAUGCUCAAUCUUUUCAUUGCCGUCAUUAUGGACAACUUUGACUAUUUAACUCGAGAUUCAUCCAUUCUCGGUGCCCAUCAUUUGGAUGAGUUUAUUCGUGUUUGGGCUGAAUAUGAUCCGAAUGCUUCAGGUUGGAUUCAUUACACUGAAAUGUACGACAUGCUUAGAAACAUGGAUCCGCCUUUGGGUUUCGGUAAUAAAUGUCCAAAUCGUUUGGCUUACAAGAAACUGAUUCGCAUGAAUAUGCCCGUCAAUCCAGAGGGUAAAGUAAACUUUUCAACAACCUUGUUUGCCUUGAUUCGUGAAAAUUUGAGCAUCAAAAUGAGGCCAGCAGAUGAGAUGGACAUUGCUGAUCGAGAGUUGCGUGAAACUGUUCGUAAACUGUGGCCUUUACAAGCUAAAAAGAUGCUUGACAAGAUGAUUCCACCCGAUGAUGAAUUGGGUGCAGGAAAGUUGACUGUGGGUAAAAUUUAUGCUGGUCUCUUAGUUCUGGAGAAUUGGCGAACAACUCGAUUCGGAACUGUCCCAGGAUCGGGUUUAGCUGAAAAAAGUGCUCUCCCUGCUUCUGGUGAUGUUUCGCGUCCAUCAUUAUUACAACGAUUGAUGGGUGCAGUUCGUCAAAGCAAUUCCCAUGCAACUCGAGAUCCACACGAAGAUCAUUUCGACACUGGAAGUGGAGGCCAAGAGGCAAGUCGCAAAGGCUCAGUCAGGUCAAAUCUAAGCAUCGAUGAUGAGGAUGGCAAGGAGAGACGACGGUCUUUUAGUUUCCUUCGUCGAGGAAGUAGUAAACGCAAAUCCAAGAAAGACUCUAGUGAUUCAAAAAACUUUGAAACUCAGGAACAAAUGUCUCAACAAAUGGCUCAUCUUAAACCCGAUUUGCAAAUUACUCGACCUGGAUCGAGGUCGCCUUCACCUACUCGGGAUGAGUCUCCUGUGAAGGGUGAUCGAGGUCGAUCUCCAGUUGGUAGAUCACGAUUACACUCACCUCGACCAUCGGAUGUUGGCUUUGCCGAAGCCGUUUCCGAUGUGGUUGACAUUGUUAAAUUUGAGACUUCACGGAAAGGUCGGGCGAGACAAAAACUUCUUGGAGAUGAAUUUUACUCGUAUGGAUCACCUUUACUUGGUCGCUCUCCAAGUCGUCGUCGAGCCUCUCGUCGUCGUUCUCGUUCACCUUGGAGAGGUCCACCUCCUACAACAACAACAACCGAGGCAACGGGUCGAAGUCGAUCCAUUAGUCCAGAAUAUCGUACAACGUGCCUUGAUAAGCGAUCACGAAGUCCCAGUCCUCAUGGUCAUGCACAUUCCCAUGUUUCCAGCCAUCAUCCUCUCCAAACACCGGUUCCUGGUCCAUCCGACAAUUACUAUGGUACAACCAAGUUGGCUGAACGAAGUCGCAGUCCUUCACCUCAAUCAGCAGUCAGUUUACCCAUUCAAAGGUUAAGAACAGCAGCAACGGCUGUUGGUGCAGCCACAGUUGCCUUGGGACGAUCAAGAACGGGAAGACGUUUACCUGCAACACCAUUUAAACCUUCACCUUUAUCUUUGGGAGGUUCACAAUCAGUUGAAGGAAUAAACUUUCCAACUCUUUCACAUUCACCGACAAUUCCAAUGAUUGAUAAAUCACCCAACAACAUCAACUUUCCCCGUGUAAAUGCAUCACCAACACACACCACUUAUGGACCAUCAGGACAAUGGCCUGCCAAAUCGACAUCAAUCACAGACACUAACCAUACAACUCAGCAACAACAGCAACAACAGCCGCCUUAUUUAUCACCGGAAACGGAUCCGCCCUUAACAUUCGAAGCCGCUGCCAGCCUUGGUAUUGGCCAAGUAACCGGCUCACGAAUACUGCCCUCACCACUGCCCAAUGGUUAUGGGAAACCCGGUAAAAAUACCUCACAUCUUUCAAGGCCUUUGAAACCGCCACCAUUACCAUCAAGAGCAGCCAGCGCAUUAGGAGGUGGAGGAGUCGCUGGUGUUAGUAUUGGACGAGGUCCACCACCACCGAUACCAAUGCCAUCAUCUUCAGCUAUUCCAAUGGGUUCAACUAGCCUACCAAGUCAACAUCAUCAUCAUCAUCAUCAUCAUUCUUCUUCUCCUCCACCAUUAUCACAAGCACCUUUAUUACCCCGACCUGCCUCAGCAGCAGCUAAUAUACCUACUCGUAAACGUCCACCUCCACCACCGCCACCACAGCCACAGCCACCACCUUCAUUACCACCGCCACAAGCACCACCACCUCAACUUUCAUCAACAUCAGCAACUGCAGGAUUGAUAGGGUUAUCAUCAUCACCAACACCAACUCUGUUACCGCCAUUGUUGCCCUCAUCUAUGGCUCCAAUAGCCUUACCUGAAUCACCAUCAGGUCAACCGCCCAUUAUACUGCCCCCUGGACCUUUGGUGACUGCACCAUCGCCUCAUCAUCGACAUCAUCGUAUUGAUGGCUUGACUCUAUUGGAGGUUGAUGAUGAGGAUGAUGAUUGGUGCUAACAUUGGGCAAACUUAGUUGUUAAUCAAUUUUUUUCACUCUUCAUUUUUAUCAUUAUUUAUAUGCAAAUCACUUUGUCAUUGCUAUUGCAAAAUAUUUACCCUUUGUUUUUCACCAUUCAACUUGAUUCAAGUCUCCACCCAAUCUCUAUUUUUUCGUAUUCUGUACUCAUUCUCUAUUAAUUUUGUCCAAUUAAUUCAGUUGAACAACUCUAUCCACCACACCCUGAGUACAAUUUUACCAUCACUCCUUCUUACCUUAGACAAUUACUAAAAUUUAUCAUCUCCUCAUCUUCAUUAUCAUUAUUCUUCAUCUUGAGAAUCAUUUUUUACUUAUUGUUACCAUAAUCUGUUUCAAUGAUAAGCUCUUCUCCAUUUCAAUUCUUUGCUUACGCCAUUUCUCAUUCAACUGAUUGCUAGGCUAAUAAUGGUUCAAUUCAUUAUCUUACUUUAUUCGAUUUUUUAUAACAAAUCAAUUUCAAUUGGUUCAAUUUUUUAAUUUUAGAUUACAAAACGAACAAAACUUAGGAAUAAAUUAAUCAAUCUCUUAUGUUAACGAGAAAAUAAAUGUUGAGCAAAGACUGGAAAAAGAGAAAGCUUUAUCAAUUGUAAAUCAAUUCCCAGUCUUAUUUUGUAACUAAAAGCUAAAAUCAUUUAUCAAUUGAAAUUCCAAUUUUGCGAAUUGUCAUGAUAAACAAGUGAUGUCAAUCUUUAUACCUUCUCCUGGAGACUUUCAUUUUACCAUCAUUAAUAAUCACCAAAAUGCCAGCAUCAUUAUCACAAUUUGAGACACAAAUUUUUGUACUGUAACUCUUUUCCCUCCAUGUUAUCUUUCUUUCAUUUGUAAAUAAUUGUUAUUUCAUUGUUAUUAUCAAUAAUGUUAUUAUAUUAUUAUUAUCAUUAUUAUCUGUAUCGUUAUCAUUGUUGUUUGUUUUUCUUGUAUCUUGCCUUCAAUACAUAUACACACACCACACACAUAAUUUGGCCUCUAAACCACAAGGAGAUAAACAUCUUUUAUCCAAUUCCAACUUUACCUUGUUCACGAACAACAGCUCAUGGUAAACAAUGGCUGGUACUAAUUGUGGCACUAAUGAUGGUGGUGAUGAUGGUGGCUAUCAUUGAAAAGGAUAAUCACAAUCGAGUAUCCAACAACGAAUUUCAUCUUAUGGGUCAACUUUUAUUUCUCUCUCCAUUCUCUUUUCACCUUUCACUUUGCCCUUCAUUUUGGUUCCAAGCACAACCUUUUUGUUUUGCUUUACCAACAUUUUCAUCAUCAUAUUGUAAUCAACCGAGAAUCAACAAGGAAAAAUAUUCGACAACAAAAGCAAUUGAUAAACAUUAAGAGGGACGAGAAAAUGAGCCUUAAUUGUUUUGAUACUCUUGUUUUUUUGUAGCUAAAGGUAUCAUCCAUUAACUCAUGUAACUCCAUGCAAAAGCAUCAUUUAAGCAUAAAACCAACACAAGCUUAGACCAAUCAGCCAUAAAAAAUAUCUUGUACAUAGAUUGUGUAUAUAGAAGCACAUUAAUUAUGACAAUUGUUCACCAGAUUGUCUUUCUCAAUCUUUCAGUCUCUUCAUCUUUUUUGUUGACUCAAUUUUUGCUCGUUGUUCAGUACGUGUUAACAAUGAUACCGAAAGGCAAACAAAAUAUAAGGAAAAACAAAAACAUCGAUUGUGUUUGUAUUCACAUUGAUCUGGAAAUCUUUUCAACCUGUAAAUAAUUAUACAAAAUCAAUUGUUAUAUAUAUAAGAUAAUUAUACAAAAAACAAAAUGAUUCUAGGUUCGCCUUGAUUUAUAUAUGUUAAGCAAGAUUUAUAUACAAUUUCAGCUGGUUUCAAAUAAAAAUUAUGGAGGGUUACAGAGUUGGAUAUGUUGAGAAUCGUUAUUAAUGUGUAUAUUAAAUGUAAUAUGGUUCAUCGAAAUGCAUGGUAAUCAACAUUAAAGUUAUUAAGAGCCAUGGCAA